UCCCCGCGCGCCGCUCGGAGCCGGAGGGAGCGCAGGGAGCGAGCUAGCGAGCGCUCGGAGCCCAGGCCAGCAGAGGGGGCGCCCGGCCGCUGUCUGCACCGCCGCCUCCGCCGCGCUCCGGGGCCCGGGGAGGAGCGAGGGAGAGUCCGGAGCCCAGCCGGCGAGACCUAACUGCGGGAGGGCGCCCGCCCGCCCCACUCCGCCGCCUCCUGCGCGCGAGCCGGAGAGCCCCCGCCGAUCGCCCCGCGGGCCGGAGGGCAGGGAGCACAGGUCCCCGCAGCCCCAGGGAUGGUCUAGGAGCCGGCGCGAGGCUCGCCGUCUGCUCCCAGCCGGGGCUCGCCGCCUGCUGCGGAUCGGCCAGGGGCUGCCGGGGUCUGCGCGCCGGGCCGGCCCAGGCCGGAGAAGUUAGUUGUGCGCGCCGCUCUCCAGCGCGGAGUCCGCGAGCGAGCGAGGGAGGCGGAGAGGCGCCGCGGCCAUGGGCUGGGGGAGCCGCUGGGGCUGCCCCGGACGCCUGGACCUGCUGUGCGUGCUGGCGCUGCUCGGCGGCUGUCUGCUCCCGGUUUGCCGGACGCGAGUCUACACCAACCACUGGGCAGUCAAAAUCGCCGGCGGCUUCGCGGAGGCCAACCGCAUCGCCAGCAAGUACGGAUUCAUCAACAUAGGACAGAUCGGGGCCCUGAAGGACUACUACCACUUCUACCAUAGCAGGACGAUUAAAAGGUCAGUUCUCUCGAGCAGAGGAACCCACAGUUUCAUUUCAAUGGAACCAAAGGUGGAGUGGAUCCAACAGCAAGUGGUAAAAAAACGGACAAAGAGGGAUUAUGACUUCAGUCGUGCCCAGCCUACUUACUUCAACGAUCCCAAGUGGCCGAGCAUGUGGUAUAUGCACUGCAGUGACAACACACAUCCCUGCCAAUCAGACAUGAACAUUGAAGGAGCCUGGAAGAGAGGCUACACGGGAAAGAACAUCGUGGUGACCAUCCUGGAUGACGGCAUUGAGAGAACCCACCCAGAUCUGAUGCAGAACUAUGAUGCCCUGGCGAGUUGUGACGUGAAUGGGAAUGACCUGGACCCAAUGCCUCGAUAUGAUGCAAGCAACGAGAACAAGCAUGGGACCCGCUGUGCUGGAGAAGUGGCAGCCGCAGCAAACAACUCUCACUGCACGGUCGGAAUUGCUUUCAAUGCCAAGAUCGGAGGGGUUCGGAUGCUGGAUGGAGAUGUCACGGACAUGGUUGAAGCAAAAUCGGUUAGCUUCAAUCCCCAGCACGUGCAUAUCUACAGUGCAAGCUGGGGCCCGGAUGAUGACGGCAAGACCGUGGAUGGACCUGCUCCUCUCACCCGCCAAGCCUUUGAAAACGGCGUUAGAAUGGGGCGGAGAGGCCUCGGCUCUGUUUUUGUCUGGGCCUCAGGAAACGGCGGAAGGAGCAAAGACCACUGUUCCUGUGAUGGCUACACCAACAGCAUCUACACCAUCUCCAUCAGCAGCACGGCCGAGAGUGGGAAGAAGCCUUGGUACCUGGAAGAGUGUUCGUCCACACUGGCCACCACGUACAGCAGCGGAGAGUCGUACGACAAGAAAAUAAUUACUACAGAUCUGAGGCAGCGCUGCACGGACAACCACACUGGGACCUCGGCCUCGGCCCCCAUGGCCGCGGGCAUCAUCGCACUGGCCCUGGAAGCCAAUCCGUUUCUGACCUGGAGAGACGUGCAGCAUGUUAUUGUCAGGACUUCCCGUGCGGGACAUUUGAACGCUAAUGACUGGAAAACCAAUGCUGCUGGUUUUAAGGUGAGCCACCUGUAUGGAUUUGGACUGAUGGAUGCGGAAGCCAUGGUGACGGAAGCCGAGAAGUGGACCACCGUUCCCCAGCAGCACGUGUGUGUGGAGAGCACAGACCGGCAAAUCAAGACCAUUCGCCCCAACAGUGCAGUACGCUCCAUCUACAAAGCUUCGGGCUGUUCCGAUAACCCCAACCACCACGUCAACUACCUGGAGCACGUCGUUGUGCGCAUAACCAUCACCCAUCCCAGGAGGGGAGACCUGGCCAUCUACCUGACCUCGCCCUCAGGAACCAGGUCCCAGCUUCUGGCCAACAGGCUUUUUGAUCAUUCUAUGGAAGGAUUUAAAAACUGGGAGUUCAUGACCAUUCAUUGCUGGGGAGAGCGAGCCACCGGUGACUGGAUCCUCGAAGUUUAUGAUACCCCCUCCCAGCUGAGGAACUUCAAGACUCCAGGAAAAUUGAAAGAAUGGUCUUUGGUCCUCUAUGGUACCUCCGUGCAGCCAUACUCACCAACCAACGAGUUUCCUAAAGUAGAACGUGUCCGCUACAGCCGAGUCGAAGACCCCACCGAUGACUACGGCACAGACGAUUAUGCAGGUCCCUGUGACCCUGAGUGCAGUGAGGUGGGCUGUGACGGGCCAGGACCGGACCACUGCAGUGACUGCUUAAACUACUAUUACAAGCUGAAAAACAACACCAGGAUCUGUGUCUCCAGCUGCCCCUCUGGCCACUACCAUGCUGACAAGAAGCGAUGCAGAAAGUGUGCCCCCAACUGUGAGUCCUGCUUUGGGAGCCACGGUGACCAAUGCCUGUCCUGUAAAUAUGGAUACUUCCUAAAUGAAGAAAUCAACAGCUGUGUUCUCCACUGCCCCGAUGGAUCAUACCCGGACCCCAAGAAAAAUCUUUGCCGGAAAUGCAGUGAAAACUGCAAGACAUGUACUGAAUUCCACAACUGUACAGAAUGCAGGGAUGGGUUAAGCCUGCAGGGGUCCCAGUGCUCCGUCGCCUGCGAGGACGGCCAGUACUUCAACGGCCACGACUGCCAGCCCUGUCACCGCUUCUGUGCCGCCUGUGCUGGGCCGGGCGCGGACGCGUGUAGCAGCUGCGCCGAAGCCUACUUCAUGGAGGACGGGCGCUGCGUGCAGACCUGUAGCCUCAGCUACUACUUGGACCGCUCGGCAGAGAACGGACACAAAUCCUGCAAGAAAUGUGAUGCUAGCUGCCUGACGUGCAACGGUCCGGGCUUCAAGGACUGUACGAGCUGCCUCAGCGGGUAUCUCUUAGACUUCGGGACGUGUCAGAUGGGAGCCAUCUGCAAGGACGGAGAAUACAUUGAUGAGCAUGGCCACUGCCAAGUCUGUGAAGCCUCGUGUGCCAAGUGCUGGGGGCCAACUCGGGAAGAGUGCACUGACUGCCCCAUCACAAGGACUUUUGACAAUGGCCGCUGCGUUUUCAAAUGUCCCUCAGGGACAUUUGAAUUUCAGAACCAAUGUCAUCUAUGCCACCACACCUGCCAAGAAUGCCAAGGAAAUGAGCCUUCCAACUGUACUUCCUGUGGAGUAGAUAAGCAUGGCCAGGAGCGCUUCCUUUAUCAGAGGGAGUGUUGGGAGAGCUGCCCAGCAGGCCACUACCCCGCCGAGGGGCACACCUGCCUGCCCUGCUCAGACAACUGUGAACUUUGCCCCAGUGCACACGUCUGCACACGAUGCAUGGAUGGCUACUUCAUAGUGCCCAGCAACCACACCUGCCAGAAGUUGGAGUGUGGACAAGGUGAAGUUCAAGACCCAGACUAUGAAGAAUGCGUGCCUUGUGAAGAAGGAUGUCUGGGAUGCAGCUUGGAUAAUCCAGGAACCUGUACAUCAUGCACUACGGGGUAUUACAUGUUUGAACAGCACUGCUACAAGACCUGUCCUGAGAAGACCUACAGAGAAGAAUCCAAAUGCAAAGCCUGUGAGACCAACUGCGGCAACUGUGACCAGCGCCAGUGCUACUGGUGUGAAGACGGCUUCUUUCUCCUGGACGGCUCUUGUGUCAGGAGAUGUGGCCCUGGCUUCUACGGCGACCCAGAGCUUGGACGAUGUGAGCGCUGCCACCCGGCCUGUGAGACCUGCACCGGCUUUGGACACCAGCAGUGCAGCAGCUGCUGGGAAGGACAGCAGCUGCGGCAGGGGACGUGCGUGGGGCCAGCCCAGAUCCAGGUGGAAGGGAGAUUCUGGAAUGAGCCCGGGCCCACUGAAAGCCCAUCUUCAGCGAGGAGCCUUCCACAGAAGCAACGGCGGAAGUUUCAAAUCAAAAGAGACAUUUUGCGAGGACACCAACCUUGUCAUCCUUCUUGUAAAACCUGCAAUGAGUCUGCAACGCUGUGCACUUCAUGUCCAAAAGGCACAUAUCUGCUGGCCCAGGCCUGUGUCUCCUCCUGUCCCGAAGGCACGUGGCCCUCGGCGAGGAGUGGAAGCUGCGAGAACUGUACAGAGGACUGUGUCUCCUGCUCUGGAGCUGAUCUCUGCAGAAAGUGCCAGACAUCACCAGACCUCCCUCUUGUCCUCCACAAAGGCAGGUGCUACACCAGGUGCCCUGAGGGCUUCUACGCAGAAGACGGCACGUGUAAGCCCUGCAGCUCUCCUUGCAGAACCUGCAAAGGAAAUGCUACCAACUGCCACUCUUGCCAAGGAAGCCUCACCCUGCACCAGGGAGCAUGCCGGGAAGCCUGCCCCGAGAGGCACGUGGCCGUGGAGGGGGUGUGCAAGGCUUGCCCUGAGAUGUGUCAGGACUGCAUCCAUGAGAAGACGUGCAAAGAGUGUACGCCUGGGUCCUUCCUGUUCCAGGGUAUGUGUCAUCAGUCCUGUUCCCGCGGCUUCUACAAGGACACACGCGAGUGCAUCCCCUGCCACGAAGACUGUCUGGAGUGUAGUGGCCCCUCGGCGGAUGACUGUGACCUCUGUGCCGAGCCAUCCCUGGUUCUCUACAAUGGACGGUGUUUGGACGAGUGUCCAGGGGGAACCUACUACGAGAAAGAAACUAAAGACUGCCGAGAUUGCCACAAGUCCUGCCAGACCUGCUCAUCCCCUGGGACCUGUGUGACCUGUCAGGAAGGUCUUCUGGUCAACCACCACGGGGACUGUGUGCCUCACAAGGAAUGCGCUCCCUCUGAGUACUGGGACGUACAGGCUCUGGGAUGCAAGCCCUGCCAUGCCAAGUGCUUCCGCUGCACAGGGCCUGCUGAGGACCAGUGUCACGCCUGCCUGAGGGACCAUCUUCUUCUCAACACGACCUGCGUGCAGGACUGUCCCGAGGGCUACUACGCUGAUGAGGACAGGCACCGAUGUAUCCCCUGCCACAGCUCUUGUAGGACAUGUGAAGGGAGACACAGCACACAGUGCCUCUCCUGCCACCCAGGCUCGUUCCAGCUGGAAAAGGAGUGCCUGCUGCAGUGCCGGGAAGGGUAUUACGCAGAAAUCUCCACGCGGCGGUGUGAUCGGUGCAGCAAGAGCUGCAGGGCGUGCCGGGGCCCGCGGCCCACCGACUGCCUGUCUUGCGACAAGUUUUUCUUUCUGCUCCGCUCCAAGGGAGAGUGUCUUCGCACCUGCCCCGAGCAUUACUAUGGGGAGCAAAACACACGGACGUGGACGUGUGAGAGAUGCCACCCGACCUGCGACAAAUGCAAAGGAAAAGGAGCACUUAAUUGCUUAUCCUGUGUGUGGAGUUACCAUCUAGCAGGAGGAAUCUGCGCCUCGGACUGUCUGGUGGGAGAAUACAGAGUGGGAGAGGGGGAGAAGCUUAGCUGUGAAAAAUGUGAUGAGAGCUGCGUGGAAUGCAAGGGACCUGGCACUAAGAACUGUACGGUGUGCCCCGCCAACUUGGUGCUGUUUGUGGAUGACGGCCGUUGCCUACACUGCUGUAAUGGGUCCGAUUCCUCUAAUGCCCAGGACUGCUGUGACUGCCGGAACACCACAGAGGAGUGUAUCUUUCAAGCAAGUGACAUUGGGCCUGCCAGUGAACAUACCAAGAUAGCCCUGUUCAUCACCUCCUCCAUUAUGCUGGUGCUUCUGCUCGGGGCAGCUGUGAUCGUCUGGAGGAAAUCACGGGGCCGAGUCCAGCCAGUGGCGAAGGCCGGCUAUGAGAAGCUGGCCAACCCUAGCAUGUCCUAUGUUUCCUAUAAGAGCAGCCAUCGUGAAAACACCAGCUUUGAAGAGGAUCAGGUGAUUGAGUACAGGGACCGGGACUAUGAUGAGGAUGAUGAUGAUGACAUCGUCUACAUGGGCCAAGAUGGCACUGUUUACCGGAAAUUUAAGUAUGGGCUUCUAGAUGAUGAUGAUGAAGAUGAGUUGGAAUACGAUGAUGAGAGUUACUCCUACCAGUAGACAAGAGUGUCCCCCAACCCUGCCCCAUUCCACUCACAGGCAUGCAUGUGAGUGUUAUAGUUUGGGGGUUUUAUCCCCACACAGUGGGCUGAUGUGUGGGUGUUUGUCUUUGUCUCUUAACCAUGAGUCCAACUAGAGUAUGUAAGAAUGCUGAAAUAAUUUGUUCGUCUUUUGAGUGGUUAAACUCAGUUAACCAUAACUGAGAAAUAAGGAUAAAAUUCAGAGAGAUUUCCCUCAAAAUAAUAAAU